GCUGCACCCCCGACCGACAUCGCUUCGCCCACACAAUCGGCCUAACAUGGACUAGCCAGCCGCCUGCCUGCUCCACCGACACACACACACACAGCCACACUCACUCACUCUCAACCCCCGGCCAGCCACUUCCCGCCAACACCGACCGCUCUCAGCUUUCAGCAGCAGAAUCAGCGCGAAAUAAAUGCAUCCGCCGUUGGAGUGGAUUCUGCUGGCGCUGCUGGCGCUCUUGGUGGUUUGCGGCUGCGAGGCGAAGGAGUACCGCAAGGUCGGCGCCGAGUUCGUGCCGGCGGAGAGCGGCAAGCGUUACAACGAGCCGUCGUGCGAGCAGCUGCGCGCCAUGUGGCGCUUCUCGAAGCGUCAGGCGCGCGCCUCCGAGGUGACCAACGAGAUUCCGCAGUACCGCGACCCCUUCGUGUACAACGUGUGGGAACCGUACCCGGGCACCCUGCGCAGCGUCGGCGCGCGCACCAAGACGGCGUCCGGCAGCGCCGGCGGCAGCGCUCGACGCCAGCGCCUCCCCGUCUACGGCAAAAUCGUGCACACGCCGCCGCCGGGCUCGGCGCGAAGCUUCGACUCGCCGCGCACGCGCGCCUUCGACGAGCUCACCGCGCGCAUGUUCGGCUCCCCCGGACGCUCCGGCGGCUCGCGCAAGACGCUGCGCUACACCGGCGCCGACGGCUCGCUGGUGCCGCAGGCCGGAAGCUUCCAGCAGCUCAAGGACAUUGUCCGCGCCGAACGCGCCAGGGAACUGCAGCAGCGCUUCACCGACGACGCCACCAUGCAGAACUACGGACAAAUGGUGGUGAGUUUGCCGCCGCCAGGCGAGGACGACGGCACUUACGGAUCGUUCCGGUACGGCAAGCAGGAGGAUCCGGCGCGCGUGCGGGGCGUGCUGUCGUUCCCGGACGUGCUGGCGCCGGCCGCUGGACGGCUGGACGAGAUGAGCGAGUCGGGAUUCACGUCGCCGGAGGAGGCGUUCGGGCCGGAGGUGUUCGCGCCACUCGAGGAGGAUUUGCCGCCGGUGCGACUUUCGGCCAAGGCGGCCAAGCAGCGCUCCUUGGUCACCAAAGGGCAGCGCGUCUUCAAGGCGGCGCCGCGCACCAAGCAGGGCAGCGCCGCCUCCGCGGACGCCGCCAGCACGUACCCCUUUCCACCGGACACGAGAGCGAUGAGCUCGGAACGUGGCAUCCAACUCCGCUAGAGCCCAGCCAGUUGGGCGCGUGGUUCGGCCAGGUGGCUCUCACCACCACCCCCGCAUCGCCGCCAACCCCCUCUACAGCAACCCCCUCUUCGGCAUCAAGCGACCGAAACUUCACACUCGCUCAUUAGGCGUUCCGGAGAGAAUUUCACACGAUUUGGCCCCCGUUUUCGGAAAAUCUAAAAAUUUGUAAUGAAAAGAAACAAAAUGCACCUCUCAGAGGGCGACUCAACUUAGCCGCUACGACAAUGUCAAAGGGCAUCCUGGUCUCUUUCAACUCGAGAACGGGUUUGUUGAUUUUAUCCAUCAAACGGAAAUUUUAAAGACAAAAAAGUUAAAAAAAUAAUGAGAUAGACUCUUUGAGUCUUUGAAGCAAGUUUUUAUUAUUUAAAGAAGGGGAAAUGGCAAAAAUUUUAUUCCUGAAUGUUAAGAAAGACAUCAAUUCAUGACCAGUUUUGAAAUUGCUAUUGAUAAAUUCGCACCCCUAAUGCUUCAAAAUAAGGGUUUAUUGCUUUAUAUUCAAAUUUUCCCGCCAUAAUUUGAAACUCAAGGGAAGUCUUGAUUGCAAAAUCACCAAAUCACGUUAAAAGUUAAAACCACAAACUACUAGUCUGUAAUAAUAAAUAUUUUUCUUCAGAUUUCUGAUUCCCCACCAAGGUUCAAAUGCUUUUGGCGGGAAAACGCAAUACCCGGUUAGAUCGCUGUAGGGUGAGAAUUUUUCAAUCGCGAUUUUUGGCGUUGAUCAUGAAAUUGGUCUUGUUCUUCACAAUCAGGAAUAACAAGAAUCUACCAGUAUCACUUUUUAAUUCUAGUUGCAUUAAAUUUAAAUUGGUUUAACUUGAAAUCGGUUGCUAAAAAAAGUUCUAGACCAUCAUGAUUCACUUCAAAUGUUCAAUGAGGUAUAUUUAUAUCAUCCGAGGGAAACUUCUGGAUCCAAAGACAGUUUAUCAAGAUCAAAUUUUCCUUCUGCGAUAGCACAGCAGUUUAGUUGACCCAUUUAAGUUUAAAUUUUGUGACAUCUUCACGUUAAUUUUUGUCUCGUUUGUGGCAAAUCAACAAGCCCGAUCCGAAUUGUGCUGUUUUAGACUUGAAGAGACUCGUUCUCCAAGAGGUGACCUGACCCCACUUUGCAUACGCUGAUUGAUUACUCCAGCAGCAAGCAGCGUGUGUCGUCGCCGAGACCAGACACGAGUUUCCCGCGCGUUUUUUUUGUUAUUUCGCGCCAAAAUUCGGCGGCGGAACGCGUGCGGUUUGCGGCAGCGCGAUUUUUUGAAUAACGCGAGCGGGGGGUGCCGGUGUGCGGGGGGUGCCGCCCUAUUCAGGUGAGCCGCUAGGGUCGCACCCUGGCACCGGCACGCCCCCUCUUCCUUUUCCGUUGAGCUUUCGCAGUUUGAGGCUGAACCCGGUUGUUUCGUUGGCAUUCCCCCCCCCCUCCCCUCCCGCCGCGAGGGGUCGACUCGCUUGAGCCGUUUCGACUCGGGCCCUCGCGUCGGCCGCGCACCAACACGCAAACCCGCCGCGCUGCUUGCGCGAACUCACGAGGCUUCCAAAACGAAAGAAAAUCCACCCAAACGCCAAAAGUAAUAUGACAAAAGAAGGUAUUUUUACUAGACAAUAAAAUAUGAGAAGAAGAAUGGUAUGAUGCAAAUUUGUAUUUUUAAAAAAAGUUUGACAAAAACAAAAACAAGAGACGACGGAGCUGCGCGAAUUGGCCACAAUUGCAAGGUGACAAUAAUUGUACUAUUACCGAUAUACAACACACAUAUUAUACAUGUAUAAAUCGAUCAAUUUUUUCCUUGCCCUAUCACCGACCUUUUUGGAACUUGCUAUUACGAAAUAUACACACACGCAAUUAUUAUUGUCCUUUGGAAAAAGUGCCGGUCUGCGCACGGGACGCACGGGACUCCCGUCCGCAGAUCGGAGAACGUGUCGAGAAUCUAUGACAAUACUAAAAUUGUAAAAUGUAUCAUAACUAGCGUUUAAUUAAAUAUCAAUAUAAGCAUUAGCGUUUAAGGUAUGUGUACUCGCAUGUAUUGCCACCAAUGAAAAC